CAGGUACAUAUGCUGAGACUUGAACUUGUGACAAGAAGAGGGGCUUCCAGCUCCACCAUUUGGGGAGGCAGUAGAGGCUGGGUGCAGGAGUCCAGUGGGCAGCUUGGUGGCACUUCCUUGAUAGGUCUGGGGUGCUUCUGCUGGUGGGGAGAAGCAGGCUUUAGGGACCAUGGGGUGUUGGAUGUUGGGGGAUGGGACAGCAGGCGAGAAUAGGUGAGAGAGUGCCCCUUCGGCCUUGGGCUGACCAGGGGAGUGGGCCUCAGGCCAGACGUUGUCCUCCAGCCUGGGACCUGGACUCCUGCCUCCUGGACCAGGGCCAGCUGCCCUGUGCGAGGCCGAGGGCCCAGGCGGAACUGCGGCCUCAGCGAGCAGACCUGCUCCGGGGGAGGGGCGUUUGCCUGUUGCCAGGUGCCCGGGUUCCGGCCACUGGGCAUUGGUCGCAGUCAUGCCACUCGUGCUGUCCUUUCUGCCGUCGCUGCUCCUACUGAUGCUACCCGCCUCCUCCCAUGCCUGGACCCGGCCCCUCUGGUACCAGGUGGGGCUGGACUUACAGCCUUGGGGGUGCCAGCAGAACAACCUGGAUGCCUGUGAGCGUAGCAUCAGCUGUCCCGGCUACUGGAUGAGCCUGGGUGGGAAGAACAUGUACCCCGUGGCAGGGGUCACCCUCACCACCACCAUGAUGCUGAUGUUCAGCCGUGCCAUGCUGCAGCGCUGGCGUUCUCAGGGUGCCAAGGGCGAGGAUCCGCAGGUGACUGUUGGCCCCUGCAAGGCCUGGAAACAGAAGCCUGUGGUCUCAGAGCGUGCCUUACUCCACGGGGUCCUGCACAUGCUCGAUGCCCUCCUGCUCCACAUUGAGGGCCACCUGCAGCGCCUGGCCACCCAGAAGCAAAUCCAAAUAAAGGAGCCUCCCACCCAGCUUGGGUGAUUUGGCACAUACUCCCCCUUGCCUCAACUCA